CGCGAAUAUUGUUUAAAGCGAAAUCCUGAAAGGAAUAUGAAAAAGUCGAAAGUAGAUCCGAUAGGAAUUUUUCAAGCAGGUUCAGUUUUUCUUGUAAGAAAAAAUUGUGAAAAUUUUUCUUAUUAGCAAAACAUAUCAAAAAACCGAUUACCGUUAAUUGAAAAAUACAAAAAUAAACAGUGUUGUAGGCAAAAUUGUAUAUUAGUGUUUUCUCGUUAUAAAUUUAGCAGUUUAGCAACAAAACUACAGAAAUUAUUAAUAUGGAUCACGUAAAAAAUUUCUAUCCUGAAAAUUAUAAAUUGGAUCUGUCGGAAACAAUGAAGGCAGCGCUAUCAAAAGGGCCAGGUGGUGUGGGAGUUGGAGUUGGAGUAGGUGGUCUUGGCGGUGGGGGCGGCGGAGCAGGCAGUGCUGGUAGUAGUGGUGGUGGACAUGGAAUGGGUGCGGCAGUAUCCCAUAGUGAAAUACAGAGCGGCGGAAGUACCGGUAUUCCAGGUGUUGGAUACGUAACAGAAAAGUUAUACAUGCUAUUGCAGCUGUACUUGCAAAACAAAGGAUGGAACCCAAGUGCUGAAUUAUUGCAAUGUUUUACGGAUCUCAAAGAUAAUGCUAUGUUACCCAGCGCCGCCUAUUUGCAAGUUCUAGCUAAUCGCUUGACUUUGGAUGCUCAAGGGCGUUUAAUAUUACGAGAAAAUGGCAAAAUUGUCCUUCCAUUUGAACAUUUCGCCAACGCUGUGAUGCUAAAGCACAUGUCUGGUCCACAUGGUCUACAUUUGAGUGUAGAGGCUACUGUGCGUGCAGUGAUUGAAUCUUAUACAAUCGGUCGCGAAAAUUUUGGCAUGGAAAAGGAAUUCAUAAUAGAAGUUGUUCAGUCUUGUCCCAGCCCAGCUUGUCGUUAUUAUAAGAAUCAUCUUGGUAUGUCACCGUUGCCAUUUAUGGAUCAACAAUUCCCAGGUGUGAAUCACGCAGAUUUUCUACAGCAUUUGCCACACCUGCCCCCACCACCGCCUCAUCCCAUGGUUCCUGGAUCAACAAACAGUGGUGUCUCCUCUGCAGGGUCCUCAUCCUCCGGUGGAGGUAGUAGUAAUAUUGCUGGUUCCUCUGGUGGUUCUGUUAGUGCAGGCGGAGAAGUCGACUUAACAAAAAGCUCCACAACAUCACACUCAACUGGAAAGGUGUCUGUACCCACCCAACUUCAAAUGCUCACAAAACAACAGCAAAACAGUAUACAAUCACAAUUGUCCCAGCUUAGUGCAGCUGCUGCGGCAGCAGCCCACCAUCAACAGCAACAACAAGUCGCUGCUGCUGCAGCUGCUGCUGCCGCCGCUAAGCAACAACAACAACAGGCACAAGCGGCGGCUGUUGCUCAACAACAACAACAGCAGCAAUUGACAGCGGCACUUUUACAGCAACAGCAAAGUCGGGCAUUAGCUCAGCAAAGUUUGGAAAAAUUCAAUAACUUAAGUGCUUUGGAGAAACAACGAGUGCUACAACAAUUAGAUCCAAAACAUUUCGAUCCAAUGGCUGUGGCUGCAGCAGCUGCCAAUUUACAAAUGCAGGGCAUUAGUGACUUUAGGGUUGCCGCUAUCGCCGCUGCAGCCGCACAGGCAGCUGGAGGGUCUCCUAUGUUGCCAUCAUCUUCCACAGCUGCAUGUGGUGCACCGAUUACCAGUAGUAGUGCUCUUAACAACAGUAAUAGCAGCAUGACCGGAAGUGGUAAUAACAGUAAUAGCACUACUGGCAUUGGAAACUGUGGCGGUAAUUUAAGUGGAGCCUCCGUUUUGCCAUCAACGGUUGGUAGCAUGAACAACAGUGGUGGUAGCAAUAGUAGCGCAAGUAGUGCGGCACACAUUUCUGCUAACAACACAAGUAACAACAACAUCAUUGGUGUAAGUGGCAGUGCUAGCAGCAACAAUUCUCACCAUAGUCAUCAAUUGCCGCCUCCAUCUCAAUCGCCUAGCGCGCACUCCAGUCACUCUUCGUCCUCAUCUUCAUCGCACUCCACUGAACAAAUUGUUCAAAAAAAUGUAGAACUAUUGCGUUCUAAUUUGGAAUCUAUUGAAUCGAAUAAAGACUUGCUAGCAUUGCAUAAUGGCGCAUGGACUGUACCGGAUAAUAAUCGCGAACCUUUACCAGUGGGUCAAGAUAAAAUAGUGCGUAUUUUCACCGAGUUAAUGAGAAAUAUGGCGCGCAUGAAAACCUAUAUACGUCCCUCUAUGUGUAAACCAUACGGCAAACAGAGCGAAAGCUUACAGAAAACACUUUUGGAUACAAUACAAAUUGUACAAACAUUGCGUAAUUGCUUGCCAGCACCACACAUCCCGGUGUCCUCGUGGAAAAGCGAAAGUGAAGGUAACGCUGGUUUAAUAACUGCGAAUAACGGUUCGGUAGGUAGUACAAGUAGCGGCAUAAUGGGUGGAGUAGGCGCUGGUUUAAUGGUGACUAACAGAGUGGAAAAUUUGACCAACUGAAUGUAAGCAAAAUAUUUCCUUUUCUUAUUCUAUUUUUUAGUUGUGUUAAUUUAAAUUUAAAGUGUUUUAUAUUUUCCUCUACGCCGUUCCCAACAGAGAUGGUUUCAUAAACACAUUAUUAUGUUCCAAAUUCACUUCCAAUCCUCUGCAAUAGUUACUUUUAGAAGUUGUGUUUUUUUUUUUGCUGCGCUGGAAAAUAUUAUUUCAGAAAUUCAUAAAUGCUAAAACUUUUUGUUUAUUUUUUCACCCAACAAUAUCUAAUCAAGUUAGGCACAACGAACAGUACUAUUUUCUGUUCGCUUUUAAACUGUUUUAACAAUAUUAAUUAAAACUCGCAAGCCAAGAACAAGACUGAAACAUUAAAUGACUUGGUACUGAUAGAAAAAGGAAUAUGGUUGGUGUAGAGAAUUAUUUAUUAGUAUUUACCCUGUUUGAUAUCAUAUCUCAACUCAAGCUUGAUAGAAGCGUUUAAAAGUUUUAAACUAGAGGGCAUUUAAAAAACGUUCUACUUAAGAAGUCCGACAUUAAUUCAAAAUAGUUUUAGCAAAAACAAAAUAAUAAUAAUAAAUAAAUAAAAAUAAAACUUAAAAGCUCAUGCAUAUUUAGAUGUUAGAUUAAGUGCACAAUUGAUUUAGCUCAAUCUGUCUUUAAUUGCAUAAGAUAAAAUUUAAUUCCAUAAAAAUAAAAAUUAUGCACUAUUCACAUACAUAUUUGAUAAUAAAAUAUUUAACAAUUUUUUGAUUAGAAAGGAGUUGAUAUAAUUUUGCUUUUAACAAAGAGUACUAAUCCAGUUAUAUAGUUUGACAAUGGCUUUCGAAACUAUGCUAUUGUACCAAUGAGUUGUAGUGUCAAACGCAUUUAAUAUUUUUAACAAAAAAUGCGCAAGGGUUUUUAAAACCGUAAAAUAGGCACAUGUGCAAUUCCAACUUAAAUGUUGAUAAAAGUAGAUUUAAUCGAAAAACAUACAUACAUAAUGACAUAUAUAAUUAUAUAUAAACAUAUGUAUAUAUGUACGUAUGUCAGGAGUAUAUGUGCAGAAAUUCACUUCCACAUAGUAUAAACGGCUUGCAAUAAUUAAUCAAAAUGAAAUAAUGUAAUGGUGCCAAGUAGUGCACAAUAUUAAUUAAAUUUUAUUAUAUAGAGUUGUGAAUUAAACUUUUUUUAUUUUUCUCUGCAUUACAUUUGAAGUGCCAUGUUUUAAAAUUUAAAACAGACUGAGCUCGUCUAAGUUUUUAUUAUUACACGUAUGUAUGUGUGUUCUAAUAAAAUAUGUUAAACGUUCUUUUUCUUAUUUGAUUGUGUUAAUUAACGUAACAUUUCAUAAGCUUAUUAUAUAUAAUAUUAUUUCAAAUGCCAGUACGGAUUAUGUUUUUUAUAAAUUCAAUGGUAAGUAAGUAUGAAAUUUUUGGCGAAAACUGUGAUACAUGAAAUUCUAUAUUUUAUAUUUCCUCUCAUUACUAACAUACAUAUAUAUAUUUUUACUUACAACAUAAACAAAUUACUUUUGUUAUUUGGUUAUAUGAUAUAUUAAUUUUGGAAAUAUUUUUUGCAAAAGCAUUAAAAUGGUUUUUUCAUUAAUUAACAAAUGUCACAAGCACCUUAAAUAGCUAACCAUAUCAUUUUUGUUGUCAUUAAGCUCUAUAAUUAUUAUGUAGACAUACAUAGAUGCGAGUAUAAAUAUAUCUUACUUUACUUAUAUCAAUCUGCAAUAAAAAGGUUAAAAUAAUAAAAUAUAAAACUACAAUAUCGAUACAAAAAAUGUGCAUAUUGGUACUCGUACAUUCGUAGAGAAAUCGAGCUGUGCAAAAUAUGUGCACAAUUUUAUUUCUCUUUGGUUUUAAAUUAAAACCUAGUGUUAGAUCGGCCGCAUAUUUCUUAUUGGGUACCUAAAACAUUAUGCAAUUUAUCAAUUUUAUAUUUUAUGACAAAAAUACAUAAUUACUUAUGUGUAAACUCUAAUUUUAUGACGUGUCCAGAGGUUGUAUUGUUAGUAUUAAUAUAAGUCAAAUAAUUUUACACUUUUAAGAAAACUGAUUUAGUAAAAAAAAAUUAUAUCUGAUUUUGCAACGAUGUUUAUUCAACAAAGACUCUGUUAUAUGUAAGAAUAUAUAAAGAAUUAUAAUUAAACAAUAAAUUUACAAUAUACAUAUAUAUAUAUUUAUAUGCCCACAUACAGUAUUACAAUAUUUUAACUGUUAUAAAAAAAGUUUGCAUAUUUCGAUUUUAGUUUUAUGUGGCUCUACUUAUGUUCAAACACUUUUCACAUAUUUAACAUGCAUAUUUCAAUUAUUACAUUAUAAGUGUCACUACUAUGCAUUAAAAUAAUGUUAAAAUAUAUUAUAUCGCUUUCCAAAUAUUCAAUAAAAAAAUUUAUCGCUUAACCUAUAUGUUUGUGUACCUUAUUUGUGUUAAUACAAUCAGAAAAUGGAAGUUCGUUGAAUUUAAUCAAUUUGAUUACAUUUCGUUGAUAUUCGGAUUUAUAAUAAGUUACAUCUGGCACCAACCCUUAAUUUAAUAGUUUAAUAGUAUUCUUUAGUGGCAUCCUUGCAGAUAUGUCAAAGGAUACUGAUAUUCAUCGUAAAGGGUAUCAUAGUCUAUUAUAUUGUGUUUAAAGUAAAUUAAUUACAUUGAUUUAGUAUUUUGCUAAUGCAUACUAACGUCGUUGCAAUGCAAUAUUGCUGCUUUACCUGUCUUCAAGAGCUUCCGCCAUUCACGACGGAACAAAAUAGCAAACCUCUACAAAACCUACAAUGGAAUGAAGAUUUAGCUAAAACUUAUCGUAAAAAUACUGGCAUUGUUAUUAAUUCUUUACACGAGUAUUCAAAGCAAUUUUGUCAAAAUUGUUACGAUAAAUUAAGGGCUUUCGACGAUUUUUGUGAAACUGCAUUAGAUUGUUCGACUGCUUUGUCCGAACUACUACUUGAGGAGGACUUUUCAUUGAAGACAUUAAAGAAUUUACAACACUUUUGCAGUACCUGCUUAUGUCAAAUGAACGAUAAUGCUAGCGAUUCCUUACAUUUAAAUAAUAGGAAAGUGAAACGCUGGUUGCAUGAAUACAACAAAUUGAAAAUACGUACUGCGACAGAGUAUUGGCCAAAUAGUAUUUGUCAACGCUGCUGUAAAAAAAUGGACGAAUUUCUAGAAUUCCAGUAUACAGCUAAACAAUCAUUUAAACAAAUAGACAAAACUUCGAAUCCGCAACAAAGUGACAUUGAAAAUACAUCGAAAGAAGAAUAUAAUAAUCAUUUGAGUAAUCAGGACACCGAGUGUCUUGAAGAAACUAAUGUAAGUACUAGUUAUAUUAUGGAGAACAAAGUAAAUGUAGCUAAAAUAUUUUGUAAUGCGCAAAAGGACGAUAAAAUUGGCAGUUUAAUAUUGGAUAAUAACCAACAACCGCUUGAAAAACAUUGUGAAGUGGAUUCUGUUGAAAAUAACGUUUUUAACCAACACUGUUCAACAGAACAUUGCUUAACGAAACAAUGUAAUAAAGCAACAGAUAUUGCAGAUUUAACCACACCUCCUGGAAGUCGUCAAGGCCACUUCAAUACAAUUAGCAUAACACCAAAGUCACUUCCAAAAGCCAAAAAUCAGAAUUCAAAGUACCUUGGAGAUCAAACUGAACACACUAAUAAAACAGAUAAAAAUCAAAAUCACCUUUUAUCUCCGUCAAGUCAGAAAGGCUUCCAAUGUAACCAUUGCCGGAAAAUUUUCAAAGCAAAAACCCGUUUAAAGAGGCAUAAACGUUAUUCGAUAGUAUGUUCUAGCAAAUGAAUACACAGUUUUAGUAAUUUUCACGUUAGAUUCGUUGUCUUACUUUAAUAUAUGUAUGGAUGUAUAAAUAUAUAUUUGGAACUUAUUUUGAAAUUAUUAUAUAUAUUUAUGUAUGUAUAUUGUAAAAUUAGGCAAGAAAAAAAAAGAUUAUUGUGCAUUAACAUAGAAUAAAUACACCGGACCAGCAAGCAAAACCUGGAUUCUUGAGUUUUCGUUGACUUAUUAAAAAUAAAUUUAAAAAUAUUAAUACAAAGUGUAACCGAAGUAUAUAUCUGUAUCUAAUAAAAUAAGAUUUAUAACAAUAUAUAUGUACCAAAUAUGUUAAAUAUGUACUCGUAUGUAUGUUAAUAAAAAACUGUUGCCGUCU